UGUGUGUGUGCGUGUAUUAGCGUGUGUGUGUGUAGAGAGUGUGUGUGGAAAAAAGGAAGCGGAUCCCUCAAACGGCGAACUCGCUGCUUCCCUCUCUCGCCCUCCCAACAAGCAAGCAACCCCGCCGUCGAUGAAACCGCGACCGGCGGACGAAGACGGGACUCGGGCCAGUUCGGACUCGGGCCACUUCGGACCGCCGAACUACGCGCGGCUCGCCUCGUUGCUUUCGGACCUGGGAGCGAAGUGAAAGCCGUCUUUUGUUGAAACAAGUGCUCGCCACCCCUCAGCUCCUUCUGUGUGGCCAGUAGGUUUUUGUUUUUGUUUUUAAUUCAUCCGUAUGAAACAAAACGGAAACGAAAAGAAGAAGCCGUUUGUGCGUGAUUUGUGGAUUUGUCGCAGCAAGUUCGGUGCAAGGAUUUAAAGAAGUUGCUGGCUGCGGGAACCCCUUGAAGAAUCAUCAGACUGGCGGCUUUUCUGAAACACUGGGGUUGUUGGUGUGGCCAAAUUUUCCCUGGAUUUGACUGGUAAAUUCAGAAGACUGAAGCCCAGGCUCACAGUCUACCUUUCACGGAGGCCCAGCCGUGAGAGGACUGAGGAAGGCACGUGGCGGAUCAUGACGGCUGACAAAGAAAAGGAGCGGGAGAAAGAGCGGGACAGAGACAGAGAUCGGGACCGGGACAAGCGAGAGUCCGGGAAGUCUCGGCGACAAGAUGGCGAUCGAGGCGAGAGCGAAAGCUCCAGGCCGAGGCGCAGUUGUACACUUGAGGGCGGGGCUAAGAACUAUGCAGAGAGCGAACACAGCGAGGAUGAGGACAACGACAACGGUAGCACAGGCGGAGGAAGCGGCACGGCCGAGGAGGCCGGAAAGAAGGGCAAGAAGAAGACGCCCAAGAAGAAGUCUCGCUAUGAGCGCACAGAGAACGGAGAAAUCACCUCCUUCAUCACAGAAGACGAUGUUGUUUACAGACCAGGAGAUUGUGUGUACAUUGAGAGUCGCCGACCCAACACUCCCUACUUCAUUUGUAGCAUUCAAGAGUUCAAACUGGGAGCAACGGCAAAGCGUACAUUGAAGCAGCAGUAGAAGACGACGACUCAAAGAAGAGAACACAUUAAGACUUGGCAC